GAACUUCGUCCAAGCGACGAGUGGCAACAGCAGCAGUAUCUUGGUUUGCUUCUCCUGUCGUCUUCUUUCUCCCUCGUGUUAGGGUUUGGAAGACUGCAAAUUGCCUCCAUUUCUUCACACACACCAUUCACACAAUCUUCCUUGCCUAUUACGUCAAAUUAAUGCGACUUUUUGGCCGAUAUUUAACUGCAUUGAACGACAUAUUGGAAAAUCGCGUUUCAUCUGCGGUUUCGUUCUCGGCCGUUCACGAUAUCGAAAAAUAACGAUUGUAUCGCUCUCAUAACGAAAAUUUCAUUUCCAACUACACCACUUCUCAAAUCUUUGUUGAGAAAUUGCAUCUCCACUCACCCAACGGAGGGUGGUCCCAGCAACCUUAUAUCGUCUCUUUCGUCGCUGAAUUUUGCCACGGAUUUGUUCUGCCGAACGUAAUUCAUCGUUCCGUGUUCUACCAUUCAGAUCAUUUCAGCAAUCGAGUUGUUCCGGCGCAACAUCGUUUUAUCCGGAUAAAAGAGAUGGUUCAUCAUUCUAGUUUUGUGGAUGAAGAAGGAGUCGAUAAAGCUUGUGGGUGCCCUCUACUUCCCUUGAAAAGCCACAUAAAGGGACCGGCUCCAAAUUCAGAUCAAGACAGAACUGAUAUAGUGGAUGAAGCAAUCACGUUCUUUCGCGCCAAUGUCUUCUUCAGAAACUUUGAUAUCAAGAGCCCUGCUGAUAAGCUUCUUAUAUACUUGACAUUUUACAUUAACGUGGCUCUCAAGAGGCUUGAAGGUUGCAGAACUUUAGCUGAAGGAACAAAGGCGAUCAUUAACUUGGGUCUGGAAGAGGUUCCUGUACCUGGAGAGUCUGGCUUUCCCUUUCCAGGUCUUUUCCCACUUCCGCAAUCGCGGAAGGAAGCAGAACUAUUCAGAAAUUAUUUGAAGCAGAUAAGGGAGGAAACAAGUGGGAGGUUAUUGAGCGUGGCAUACAGACCCAAUGGGACUCCCAAUAAAUGGUGGUUGGCAUUUGCAAAGAGGAAAUUUAUGAAUAUUAUUGUUCCUUGAAUUGUUGAGACAGGCAGACGGUGCUUGAAUCUUGGGUUAAGCUGUGAGAAAUAUAUUUAACGCUGAGUUUAUAUGUGAAUGAGAUUUAUGGUACAGAAAUGGAUGUACUAUUUUUUUCUUGUUUGGUCUUCACGCACCGUAUACUAGGUAUCCAACAUCUUUCACAAAACCUGUCAUGUUUUGGUGAGUUCGUUAGAUAGGGUUCACCUUCAGCACCACCUUGUAACGGAUACGUCGAAUGUAUCACCGCUAGAGUCUCUAUUCCAGUCAUUUUCUGCUUUGAAUGCUCAUUAGCAUUUGCAAUUCUUA